CCCGGCGAAGUCUCCUGGUUUUUCCCGUGGCUCUCCCGGUGACAGCUGCGGGGCUCCAUUCCCUGCGCUGUUGGAGACAGGCAGCAAGCAAAGUUUGUCAGGAGCCGCGGGGGUGACUUUGCCUCGGGGACCUGCAUUUGUGCGUGUGCGAGGUGCCUCGGUGUGCGCGGAGCUAGUUUCCCAGUUUCCCAGGGCAGGGGGUGCCGGGCUCGCGAGCCCCUCUUGUCCCUGAACCCCUCCAUGGGUUUGUGUAGUGAAAGUGAUGACCUAACUAGUAGUGGGGCAUUGCAGGCGCGUGGCCCCCGCCCCUGGGGAAGCAGGGGAGCUCCGGAGAGCUUGUCAGUGCGAGCUGGCAGCAGGCUCCGGGGCUAGGCACCCCUCAAGUCCGAAAGGCAGGCUCUGGGGGCAGGGCUCGGGGUGGGGGACAGGGGCUCGGGAGCCGCUUGAAUGCUGCCCUGUGACGGCCGACAUGAGGGAACAGCCCUUAUCUGCCUGGCUCUGAUCCCCCGUGCUGUCGUGGUUGUGGAAUGCAAAAGCCAGGACACGAUGGAAACAGGACUUGAAGCUCCUUUCAGAAUGCCGGAGGAAAGUUCUCCCAGGCGGACCCCGCAGAGCGUUCCGUACCAGGACCUCCCUCACCUGGUCAAUGCGGACGGACAGUACCUGUUCUGCAGGUUCUGGAAACCGACGGGCACACCCAGUUGGCCAUGGACAGAGCGAAGGAGAGAGGAUGGUAGUGUCUGACUUCCACGUUUUCAUCAGGGACGUGUUACAGCACGUGGAUACCAUGCAGAAAGACUACCCAGGGCUUCCUGUCUUCCUUCUGGGCCACUCCAUGGGAGGUGCCAUCGCCAUCCUCACGGCCGCGGAGAGGCCAAGCCACUUCUCCGGCAUGGUCCUCAUUUCGCCUUUGGUUCUUGCCAAUCCUGAGUCUGCAACAACUUUCAAGGUCUUUGCUGCGAAAGUUCUCAACCUUGUCCUGCCAAACAUGUCCCUGGGCCCAAUUGACUCCAGCGUGCUCUCUCGGAAUAAGACAGAGGUGGACCUUUAUAACUCGGACCCACUCAUCUGCCACGCAGGUCUGAAGGUGUGCUUCGGCAACCAGCUGCUCAACGCGGUGACGCGGGUGGAGCGGGCCCUCCCCAAGCUGACCUUGCCCUUCCUGCUGCUCCAGGGCUCUGCCGACCGCCUUUGUGACAGCAAAGGGGCCUACCUGCUCAUGGAGUCUGCCAAGAGCCAGGACAAGACACUCAAGAUUUACGAAGGUGCCUACCACGUUCUCCACAAAGAGCUUCCUGAAGUAACCAACUCGGUCUUCCGUGAAAUAAACAUGUGGGUCUCCCAAAGGACAGGGGCGGCAGGAACAGGGUCCCCACCCUGAGCGCACCGGCUGCGUGGCCGGCCCACGAUCGGGCAAGUGGGCGGAGGACGGGCAGAAGCUGGCUUCUCACGUGUGGCUUGCCAGGGGGAGGGGGGAGGAAAUCACAAAUUGGAGGAGUCCCUAGCGCAAUUUUGUCAGAGACCAGGCUGUCUGUUACUGGGUCUACCUUAAGGGGUAGACACUUGUGCAAAAACAGAGAAGGGUCACAGGUAGUUUCCCGGAGGGAAUGUGCUCCAAUGUCCUUAAAACCGAGCAAAGCCUCUGCCCUGCCCCUCCCCCAACCCCCACCAAGGUUCCCAGGGAUUCCUGGUGUUCCUCAGACACCUGACUGCAAUAAUUGGAGGAAUCUCCCCUCCUGCCCUCCCCUCCAGCCCCCACCCUGCAACCCUCCCCACCUGGCCCCACCCUGUGGCCUUUCUCUGGCCGUGGGACGAGGUGGCAGGGGUCAGCUCCCCCAGGGCAGACUCCCGUGCCCUUCAAGGCCCAGAAAAUGCCCGGGACCUCCUUGGCAGGAGGAGCCACACAUGACCCGUGUCAGCUCCUCGUCAGUCUGGAGCUGGGCUUGGGGACAGGGUGAGGCUUGGUCCAGGAAGAGAGCUGGGCAGGAAAUCCCUCCUUGCUGCCGGGGAGCCUGAGGCUGCCCACCGAGCGCUUUCUAUAUGCAGAGGCUGCCUUUCCUUGCGUGACUAAUUGUACCCGACGCUAUGAGAGGCUGAUUGUAUUGAAGAUGAAGGAUCUAAUAUAUAAUGUAUAUUCUAAAGCAGAGAUUAUAUGGGUGGGUGGGAGGGACCAAGGGGGGCUUGAAGGCAUUGGAGCCUGAUGCCCCGGCACAGGACGGGGACAGGCUGGCCGCAGGGCCCUAGGUCAAGGCGCUCUGGUGCCGCCCAGGGAAGCAGGGCCCGAGUGCCAGCAGUGGGCGGGGACGGGCCCAUCCCUGCUCCUGGCCCGCCUGGGCCCACAGCCGCCCUGGGAGCCUCGGUGCUGGUGUCACAGCUACCUCUGGUGGCGGAAGAAGAGAGUCCCGACUCGGUGGCCCUGCCCAGGGCUGCAGGCCCCAGAGGCCACAGCAGGAUGGGCCCACCUUUCCCAGCAGAGGGCCCAGCAGCGCCUGACCUGCCUUUCUCAGGUGCCAACCCCAACCUGCCCGCCCUGGGCCCUCACUUAGUGCCAGCAAUAAAUGGGGAUCCCCGCCCACGGCGGGAGGACUUUCACUUUCAAAUGGGACUGUUGUUACCUCAUGGGGCUCCUUAGGGCACAUAUGACCUUGAGAGGGGGUGGAACUGCAAGGGGGCACCUGCUUGGCUGCAGGGUGCAGUCCAGGGUCCUCAAGGCCCUGGACAGGGCGGCCGCUCCCCUGCCAGGCUCUCUGACUUUGGAGGCUGGGAGUUGGGGCUCCCCCAACUUCCUUCACCCACACCCUGUUCUUCUGGGGCUUGCUCCGGGUCCCCAGAGAGGGGGUUCCCCCCUGCUCUCCUUCCAGGGGCCCUGAGCACACCGUGGUGUAGCCAAGGCAGGCCCUGGGCCACAACGGAAAGUCAUGCUGGCCUGGGGGUAGAGGUUUGUGCUCUCCUGCCCCUCGGGUGGGAGUGGGGGGGGGCGCAGGGCCAACAGCCCCACAGAGAGAGCCUUUCAUUGCCCCGUCUCACUUCUCUGGCUUCUCUUUGGAGGAGAAAAAUGUAAACAAUGUGCUGAGAGAGAAGGUCAGCCCCCGCCUGUUCAAACUGGGCCACUGUGUGAAUGCUUCUGCUCCCCAGCUGAGGAAGAGCAGGAACUCCCCCCGUAAACCCCCCCACACCUUGAGACACCCCUGAACCCAGAUCUGGAAUUCUCACCCAGAGCUGUGAGAGUGCGGGUCACACAAAGUCGCCGCCCCCCGCCUCCCAGAGCACGAGCCGGCUCGGCCAUUUCCCAAAUUAAGUAUCAGGCACAUGGUUUGACCAGGAAUCCUUUGGUUGCAUGGAUUUUUUUAUAUGAAAGCUCUGACAGAGACAAAUUCAGUCACAUUUACAUAUUUAAAGGUUAAAAAAAUUACCUAUAUUAAAAAGAAAGAAGAAUUAUUUGGAAGCAGGACUGUCUCCUAAUACAGGAGGGGACAGGACGUUGCCACCCAGCUCUGAAUGGGCGCAGGUGUGGCAGGGCCCGCCUGUCCUGGGGGAGCUGUGCCAGUCUCGAACUGGGUUCAUUCUUGGUGUUGACGGCUCCCUGCUGGCAGUGGGGGCUUCAGAGUCCUGCCUUCACCACGACAAGGAGCUGAGUUUGGAAGGGAAGCGAGGUCAUACAUGGCCCAGCCUCAAGAAGGUGAAAGGAAGGACCCUGGAGAUAUGCUCCUAUCAGGAUCCUAGGCCCAAGCACUGACAUGAUGCCCCGCCUUCCUCUGGAAUUCGGCGGUCACCCUGGUCCUACAGAAACCACGGGAUCCAUGCCUGACAGUCUUUCUAGGAAAAGAUGCCGUCCUGCAGCGGGAAUCAGAGGGGGGUUGCACCCUUGCAGGGAUGGGGGGUCACCAGUCCUCCCUCCCAGCUUCUGGGGGGCACUGGGGCGCGCCUUGAGAGCACCAAAGAACACCAGGCAAACCCGCCUGCCCUGCUCUGCACCCGCGGCAAGGUCCCAUGCUACCUUCUCUUUCACCAAUCACUAACAUAAACCCGCUCGGGUCCCCGUGAUCUAAGCAGUUUGCCAGUUACUGUCUCUGCAGCCCAGCCGCAUCCCUCUGUGUGUACCCUUACUGGGGACUUGUGAUCAGUUAGGAACUAUCAAAGGAACCAUGUAUGCCACAGCUAAUCCUAAUAAACCGGAUGUUUUCUGCA